UGAUGUUUUAUUUGAUGAAGGCUUUGACUGCAGAUGGGGAAGCACAACCUGUCUCUCCGUCUCCUCUGCCAGUGGAAUGCCCUUUGAUCAUGGCCAGCAUGAUGAGAGUUUUUCUGAUCCUCCUUUGGACAACGAACGUGGUUCAGCCAAACGUACCUCAUGCUGCAGGAGUUCAGGUUUUCCCACCUGUCAACUUCACCCUUACGGUCUCUGCAUUAGCACAAGUACUUUUACGCUGGAAACCAAACCCUAGUCAAGAACAAAAAAACCACACUAUUAGAUAUGACGUGAAAAUCCUAAGCCCUGUGCCUGAAGAGUACGAUACGAAGAAGACUCACAGUAUCCGAACAGCUGCACUUCACAACGGUUUCUCUGCACGUGUUCGGACGUUACUUCUCCAUAAUGACCUUCAGAUGAGAAGUGACUGGGUGAAGGAAAAACUCCCGCCUCCACCAGGUGCUCCAGAGACAUCUGUCACUAAUUUGUCCUGUGUGACUCGCAUCACCAUUUCUAGUACUGUUUCUCUCCAUUGCACUUGGCUGCCUGGCCAAGGAGCACCAGAAGAUACCAAAUACUUUCUAUUUUACAGGUAUGAGACGUACACUGAAGAAUGUCAAGAUUAUAUCAAAGACAAGUGGAACAGGAAUAUUGAGUGCAGAUUUUCAGUGACUCAUAUCGAUCCUGAAGAGGUUGACAAUCUCAUUGUAAUACACAUUAAUGGGUCUAGCAAGUAUGCUGCAAUCAAGCCUUUUCAGCAGUUAUUUAACCAAAAUGCCAUUGAGAAAGUGAAUGUUCCCAGAAACGUCACUGUAUUCUUAGAGCAAAAUGAUCUCCUGGCCACAUGGGAGAAGCCAAUUUCUCCUUUGCCUAAAGAAUGUUUUGAAUAUGAAUUUUACCUCUUCAACUUGAAGUCAGGUAACAAGCAGAUAUUGAAAAUAUCCUCAAACGACUUCAGAUUGCGAAUUGAUGUUACCAGCAGGUAUUCCAUCCAAAUAAGAGCUAAUCAUCACAUAUAUUGUACGAGAGGAUUUUGGAGUGACUGGAGUGAAAUUAUUUACGUUGGGCAAAACAAACUGGAGAAUCCCGUAGCCUGGAUUCUCGCUGUGCUUUGUGUGUUGACGUGCUGCACAUUCCUGCUUGUUGCUAUAAUAUGCAAAAUAAACCACGUAUGGAGUAAACUGUUCCCACCAAUUCCAACACCCAGCAACAAAUUCAGAGAUCCCUUCCCAAAUGACUAUGAGAGAGCACGUACCUGCACCAGUGAGACAGAGACCGAGUUCGGAAGCUUCACUGAAGAUCUCUACUACAGCACCCUUGAUGACUCAGUCUUCUGAGAGGCUGCGGGGCUGGC